CCUCCUGCCGCCUCCAGCCUCCAGGUGCUCUGGGUUCACUGGGAGAAGGCGCUGGAGCUGCUGGCCUGGUGGCAGGGUGGGCAUUGCCGCUGGGAUCCCGUUGGCUCCUUGACGGCUGGCGGCUGAGGUGGCAUCUCGGCGCUGGACCAUGGUGCUGUGAGGGCGAGUGGUCCCUGCCCACAUCCCCGUGCCAGCAUGUGGGCUGCCCCCAGCCACGGGCUGCCCCUCGCCACACUCCUCCUCUGCGUCCUCCUGCAGCAGCCUGGCAGCAGCAAGGCAUGGAAGCAGCACGCCCCGCGCCUCCGCCUCGCCUACAAAGACCUGCUGAAAUCCAACAGCUCUCGCCUGCUGCUGGCCUCAGGGGAUGGGAUGGAUUUCCAAGCUCUCUUGGUGGAUGAAGACAGAGCCUGGCUGAUGGUGGGAGCAAAAAACCACAUCUUCCUGCUCCACCUGGACCACCCCAGCAGAGAGCCUGAGAAGAUUUUCUGGCCAGCCCCCAGGGAACAAGUCGAGCACUGCCAGCUGGCAGGGAAGAACGUGGAGACGGAGUGUGCCAACUUCAUCCGCCUCCUCCAGCCCUUCAACCGGAGCCACGUGUUCGCCUGUGGCACCGGCUCCUACCAGCCCGUCUGUGCCUUCAUCCAGCUGGGAGCCAGGGGGAAGGGUCCCAGGGCUCCCCCCAUGCGGCUGGUGACCCACUCCUUGGAAUCGGGGCGAGGACGGUGCCCGUACAGCCCCCGUGAGCCCUUCACGGGACUCCUCGUCGAUGGGGAGCUGUAUUCAGGCACCUCCAGUGACUUCAUGGGCAGCAGUGCUGCCUUCUUCCGGACCUGGGUCCACGGGGCAGAGCAGAGCUACAUCCGCACGGAGCAGAACCAGGACCACUGGCUACAUGAACCAGCGUUCAUUGGUGCCUACGACAUCCCUGACACCUACAACCCUCACGAUGACAAGGUCUACAUCUUCUUCCGUGAGACAGCCAUGGAAGCUGGGCAGUGGGAGCGGCGGCACAUCCAUGCCAGGGUGGCCAGGGUCUGCAAGAAUGAUGUUGGAGGGAAGCGCAGCCUCAUCAACCGCUGGAGCACAUUCCUGAAGGCCCGCCUGGUGUGCUCCAUCCCUGGGCCCCAGGGCACCGAGACCCACUUCGACCAGCUUGAGGAUGUUUUUCUCUUGCGCACCCGGGACCCCCAGAACCCCCUUGUCUUCGGCCUCUUCACGGUCUCCAGCGGCGUGUUCAGCGGCUCUGCCGUCUGCGUUUACUCCAUGGCUGCCGUGAGAGCUGCCUUCAGCGGCCCCUUUGCACACAAGGAGGGAUUCGACUACCGCUGGGUAGAAUACAAGGGCCGCGUCCCCUAUCCCCGCCCUGGCACGUGCCCCAGCGAGACGUACGACCCCCUCCUGCAGUCCACCAAGGACUUCCCCGACGAGGUGAUCAGCUUCAUGCGCAGCCACCAGCUGAUGUGGGAGCCCGUGUACCCGCAGGGCCGCCAGCCCGUGCUGGUGAGGGUCAAUGUGCCGUACCGGCUGCGGCGGCUGCUGGUGCACCGGCUGGAGAUGGAGAGCCGGCACUACGAUGUGCUCUUCCUCGGCACAGAUGAAGGCAAAGUGCUGAAGGUGGGGCUGGCCGGCGGGGUGAGCCGUGGCACCGAGGUGAUCAGUCUGGAGGAGAUCAGCGUCACUAAGGUGCCUUCUCCCAUCCUGGACAUGAAGUUGUCACCGAAACGGCAGGAGCUGUUUGUGAGCAGCACCCAUGGGCUGGUCCAGCUCUCCCUGUACCGCUGUGAGCUCUAUGGCAAAACCUGCACCGACUGCUGCCUGGCCAGGGAUCCCUACUGCACCUGGGAUGGCAAGACCUGUGCCCCACACCUGCUCACUGAGAAGAGGCGUGCCCGCUGCCAGGACAUGCUGAAGUCUGACCCCCUCAGCCAGUGCCAGGGCACAGCAGAGGGGACUGCUGCUGUGGAGAAGCUGGUUUUCGGGGUGGAGAAGAACUCAACCUUCCUCGAGUGCCUGGCGCGCUCCCCCCAGACGACGCUCCGGUGGCUGGUGCGGCACGGCGAGGAGACGGCGCCGAGCGAGGUCAGGAACAAUGGACGUUUCUUGGUGCUGGAGCAAGGGCUGCUGAUCCGCCAGCUGGCGAGGGAGGACGUGGGCACCUACGAGUGCCAGGCGGUGGAGCGCUCCUUCUCGCGGCCCCUCAGCCGAUACAGCCUCCGCGUCAUCGGACACGAGGCCAUGGAGCUGCCGCCCUACAAACGGAGCAAGGGGGCUGAGCUCGGAGGGACCCACCAGAGCCCCCGGCCCCGCACUGACCUGCAGCCGGGCUACAAGGGCUUCCCGCGGGCCCUGGGCGCCCCGGGCACCAGCCUGGACGCCUAUUGCAAUGCCCUGCGGCACCAGGAGAGGCAGCGGCAGAGAGCCUGGCACCAGAAGUACCCAUCCCCGGACAGCAAGAACGGCCGGGUGCGGAGGCACCCCCAGCGCCUGUGAGGGAGCCAGGGCUGCCCACAGCUCCCUUCCCGAUCUCUCCAGGGCCUUCUCAUUGGCAUCAGCUCUGAGAGACCUCUCGCCUUCCCGUGCAGAAAUGCCUUGCUCUUACUACCUCAAUCCCUGCCAGUCCCAGCUGCUUCUCCACGUGCCCCAGGAGCACCAGGCCCAGGGCACACAGCCUGCGCCUGCUCUCCGAGACUCUAUUUACCUGCAGAAUAUUUAUUCUCCUUGUUUUCCCCUGGCCCUUGAUGACAAUCAUUAUCAGCAGCAAUAAUAAGCACAGAGGACAGAGAAAGGCAAGAACCAGCCCUCCCAAUGGUUCGCUGACUCCAGGCAGCACCCAGCCAGGCCAUGGACACUGGUGCAUCCAGCCUCCCUCCCCUCUGGAGGUGCCAGGGGGCUCACCUGGGCAGCUGCCGAGGUGCCAGUGGAGCCCAGAUGCUGCUGGAGGCAGCGGGACACGGCUGCCGGCUGAGCCUGGGCUCCAGGUGAGCAGAGAUGCCCAUGCCCAGCCCAGCUCCAACCCACUUCAAACCACAUUGCCUUCUUUUUUUAAUUUUGACAUUUAUAUUACCGGGGGAGAAAAAAAAAAAAAAAAAAAGAGAGAGAGAAGCAACAGGCAGUUAUACCAACUUACAAUUUAUUAUUUUUUUAAAAAAUGACAUGAAACACAAGUAAAAAUAAAUACAUCAUAUAAACAACAAA